AUGCUCGCCGAAACCAGCCAAAUAAAACUGCACUAUGGAUUGACAUGCGAUUCUUUAGCUUAUACGGUUCACUAUAGCAUUAGGCAGUCGAUAUCACAAGCGCACAUCCUCUCUUCUGUGACUUCAAUUUUUCGAAAUAUACUCUCAAGCUUCUCCAUGAAGUCUUCCUCAUCCAAUCUUGCACAGCUGCGCAAGGCGACCGGCCAUCCAUUCGUUCUGUGUCGAGAGGCGUUGGCCGCCUGCAACGGCGACUACUCACGGGCGCUUGCCUGGCUCCAGAAGGAGGCGGCCAAACGCGGUCUAGCCAAAGCUGAGAAGUUAAAAAGUCGGCCGAUGUCGCAGGGCCUCUUGGGCAUGAUUUCCACGUCCAGAUGUGUGUCUGUUGUAGAGAUAAAUUGUGAGACCGAUUUCGUGGUCCGAAAUCAGCAUUUUCAAACUUUAGUUGCAUUUUCUACGGAGUCCGUGUUUAAAGAACUCUUGUCCGGAACACGGGAACCGGGCACUCAUAGGUUUUCCGAGGAGUCUCUUAAAACGCUUCCUUACGCGGGACAAUUUUCAAAAUCCAUAUCCGAUGCUUUGGUCGCGACUAUUGCGUCAGUAGGGGAGAAUAUGGCUAUUCCUCGUGGUGUUGGAAUGACCCUUUCAGCUGAUAAGACGGCCGAAAUUAGUCAUCUCAUGGCUUACUGUCAUGCAACUAACGCUGGUUUGAAAAGAACCGUUCGUGAUGUGCACUUUGGCAAGUAUGUUGCCUUUCUGCGCUAUCACCACAUCAGUAAUCGGAAAGGAACACCGGCAUGGCGAGACCAGGCCUCUCAGAUUUGUCACCAGCUCUGUCAGCACAUAGUGGGUAUGAGCCCGCGACCCAGCCUUGCACUGGAUGAUGUUCCACCCGCCGCGAACCCGGACGAUGAGCGCUGCCUCCUUCGUCAGCCCUUUCUCUUCGACGAGGCCAUUAGUGUUGGCGAGCUGCUGGAGCAGAAUGAAAUCCUGUUGGACGAUUUUGUUCGUGUUGAAUGCGGUGUUGAGGAGGAAUGA